AUGGAUGAGAAAAAAAGCUUGCUUCAAUUGUGUCGGGGCAAAAUCGCAAGUGCUAAAAAUAGGCUGCCAGAGGUGGCAUAUCAGGCCGACUGUGGACGGAAAUCGGGCCAUCGGGAACGGAAACCGGCCCGUCAUCCUCUGGUGCGUUGGCCGGGGUACGAGCGCUUGGAGUUGGCAAGCGAGGGCGUUCACUGUAGACUCCGACCGGUACACUAGAGUGGAGAACGCCGUAAUCUGGUUCUGACUGCGUGACGAUAGAGAAUCGUUAAUGGGAUCCAGGUGGAGUGGCACUUCGUCGAGCAAGCCUGGAAUGCUGGUGACGGGCAGCACGAUCCUCUCAGGAAGUUUGAGAAGCUAAAACUCAUGAAUCGUACUACCCGUAGCUCGGCGAGCAAAUGGGACUACCUGUGGUGCAGAGGGCCCGGGGAGGGCUGGUUUAGCGUGGCUCCUGGGAGUCCCGGAGAGGCGUUUGCAGAUGGUAUCGAAUGA